GAAAGAAGACAAGAGCUGAUAGAUAGUUUGCCAAAAUCAGGUCCUGUACAAACCACCUACGAAGAUAAACUCGGGUUAUACGCGUUGUACAAACAAGCCACCGAAGGGGAUUUGAAAGGUUCAAGACCUGGCAUGUUGGAUUUAUUAGGGAGAGCAAAGUGGGACUCUUGGAAUAAACAAAAAGGUUUGGAUAAAAUAGAAGCUAAACGACUUUAUGUGGCUUCCUUACUCAAGGUGGGUUUCCCGUUUACACGAGUGAAUUGA